AUGUCCGAAGUCAAGGCCGUCACAGUCGACGCCUACGGCGAGCCCUCGACCUACAAGCUCACCAACAUCACCAAGCCCGCGCUGGCUGACCCCACGGACGUGCUGAUCAAGGUACACGGCGCCAGCAUCAACCCGAUCGAUGUCAAAAAGGCCAGCGGCAUCAUGAAGGCCCUCAAGAAGGACUCCUUCCCCUACAUCAUUGGCUACGACCUGUCCGGCGUCAUCGAGGAGGUCGGCGCUGAAGUCAAGAACCUCAAGGUUGGCGACGAGGUCUACUGCCGCCUGCCCGAGAUGGACCGCGGCUCGUGGGCCGAGUACGCCAAGACCAUGGAGAAGUUUGUCGCCGUCAAGCCCAAGAACAUUGCGCUCGCCGAUGCCGCCGCCAUCCCUCUUGCUGCCAUGACUGCGCUCCAGUCGCUCAAGAAGUACCGCGGCUCGCUCGAGGGCAAGACCGUCUUCAUCCCUGGCGGUCUGAGCGGCACCGGCGCCGCAGCCUGCCAGUUGGCCAAGAACGUCUUCAAGGCCGGUAAGGUCAUCACCACCGUCUCUACGGCCAAGGUCGCCAAGGUCCCUGAGCUUCUGGGUGAAGGCGUCGUCGACGAGAUCAUCGACUACACCAAGCAGGACCCCAAGGUGGCUAUCCCUGCCAAGUCUAUCGACUUUUACUUUGACAGCAUGGGCAACGCGUUUGAGCACCUCGCCCUCAUGAACAAGGACUCGUCCAUCAUCAGUGUCAACUCGAUGCCCUCGGGCACCACCAUGCAGGCUGCCUUUGCCCGCCAGACCCGCGACGGCGAGGCGAUCCCCAAGGUUCCUUUCCCCAUUAAGCUGAUGCUUGACGGUGGCGAUGCUCUCAAGCGCUUCCGUGCCAAGCGCGCCGGUGCUGAGUACAUGUUUGUCUUCCUUGCUGAGAACGCCGUGGACCUUGAGGAGCUCCGUGGUUACUACGAGGAGGGCAAGCUCAAGCUUAUCAUUGGCGAGCGCGUCGACUUCCACGACAUUGAGCAGGUCAAGAAGGCCUCUGAGCAGACCUUCAACGGUAAGGGUGGUGUUGGCAAGACCAUCUUUGAGGUUAUCAAGGGCGAUGCUGCUGCUGUCUCUGUUACUGCUCCUGUUGAUGCUCCCGCUCUCGCUGCCGCCCCCGUUGCCGAGGAUGCUGCCACUACUGCUGCUGCUGCUCCCGCCAAAGAACAAGCUGUUGCCGCAGCCCCCGUUGCUUAA